AUGCUUUUCUUCACCCAGUGCUUUGGGGCUGUGUUAGAUCUUAUUCACCUGCGGUUUCAGCACUACAAGGCAAAGAGGGUUUUCUCAGCUGCCGGGCAACUUGUCUGCGUCGUCAACCCAACGCACAGCCUAAAGUAUGCACCGACCCGCUGCGCAUCUGCGCCGACCUCCUCGGAGCAAGGCACCCUUCCUCCCUGCCAUCACCACGAAGCUGUGCACGACCCUCAGCUGGUUCCCUGCCCGUGCCCGCUCUUCUCCUGCCCCUGGGAAGGCCACCUGGAGGUGGUGGUGUCCCACCUGAGACAGACCCACCGCAUCAGCAUCCUUCAGGGAGCAGAGAUCGUCUUCCUGGCCACGGACAUGCACCUGCCCGCCCCCACAGACUGGAUCAUCAUGCACUCUUGCCUUGGCCACCAGUUUUUGUUGGUCCUCAGGAAGCAGGAGAAGUAUGAAGGCCACCCCCAGUUCUUUGCUACCAUGAUGCUGAUCGGGACGCCGACCCAAGCCGACAACUUCACCUACCGCCUGGAGCUCAACCGGAACCAGAGGCGCCUGAAGUGGGAGGCGACCCCCAGGUCGGUUCUGGAGUGUGUGGACUCUGUCAUUUCAGAUGGGGAUUGCCUCGUGCUGAACACUUCCCUGGCCCAGCUCUUUUCCGACAAUGGAAGCCUAGCCAUAGGAAUUGCAAUAACCACCAGCAAAGUUCACAGCGCCGAAGCUGAAAUGUGAAGGGGGAGAGGAAGAGGAGGAGGAGGAGGAAGAACAA